CUCAAAAAUGCACAGGAAGCAUGCUCCAUCAACAGACCAGUCUCAAGUCAACCAACCGGACGACGAGAACACAUGGUCACCUCUUCAGCUCGCCGCUGCGAAUGGGGAUCUGGAUGAGGUCCAGCGGCUUCUAGCCCAGGCUACGGUUGAUCCUAAUGAGGCACCAAGAGGGUAUUAUGGGAAAACAGCACUCCAAGCUGCUUCAUUCAAUGGACACCUCGCUGUAGUUGGGAUACUACUAGCAGCAGGGGCAGACGUUAACGCCCCUGGAGGAAACAACGGGGGCCGAACAGCCGUGGUUCUGGCCUCAGGAGCAGGCCACGCGGAUGUCGUUCGCCGGCUCGUCUCCGCAGGAGCGGAUUUACAUCGUCCACCCCAUAAGUAUAUGGGUCGGACCGCUCUGCAGGCUGCUGCCGAGGGAGGUCAUAUUGAGCUGCUACAGUGGCUCCUUGAGCAAGGCGCUGACAUCAAUGCGCCUGCUGCCAAUAAUAACGGUCGCACCGUGCUUCAAGCGGCUGCAUCGGCAGGUCAUGGCGAUAUAGUGGAGAUCUUGCUACAGCAUGCAGCAUGUAUCAAUGCGCCAGCUGUCAGGUAUAAGGGUUUUACGGCGCUUCAAGGCGCAGCACUGGGAGGUCAUCAACACAUCGUUCGGCGACUGUUGGAAGCAGGGGCUGAUGUGAAUGCACAAGGCGCGUAUUACAACGGAUAUACAGCACUUUCGGCGGCGGCAGAAGGUGGCCAUUAUAAGAUUGUACGGAUGUUGCUCGACGCUGGCGCAGAUGUAUCCGCCGUCUCAGGAAACAAGACACGAACGGCAGCACAAAUUGCAAAUUCCAGAGGCGAAAAUGAUAUUGCGCAACUUCUCCAGUGGACUGGCCAGGCUGUGGACAUUUCAUAAGAUAUAAACGAGAUUCUCAGCUGCUAGAGCAAGAGUUUAAAUCAAUUUAAUCGUUGAAACUGGC